AUGGAUCGCAAAGAAUUGUUGGAAAAGUAUGUGGUCGCUGUAAAAGAACAUCGCAUAAUUGAAGCCAACGUCAAGAACAAAAGGGCUGAAAUAAAAAAAUUUCAAAAAUCGUUUGAAAGAGCAAAUGACAAUCUUAAGGCUCUUCAGACCACGGGUAUGCUUGUAGCUGAAGUUUUGCAGAUUUUGGAAAAAAGCCGUUUCAUCAUCAAGUCUAGUGCCGGACCACGUUACAUUGUUGGCUGCAAACCAUCAAUCGAAAGCAAAGUGAAAAUCGGGUCGCGGGUAAGCUUGGAUCUUACGACUUUAACUAUCAUGACUAUCUUACCGCCUGAAGUCGAUCCAGCAAUUUUCGCCAUGGCCAAGGAAGAACCUGGGCUGGCUGAUUACAGCGAGAUCGGCGGUUUGGCCGAGCAAAUUAAACAAAUUAGAGAGGUUAUUGAAUUACCGUUAAAAAAUCCAGAAUUAUAUCAAAAAGUAGGAAUCAAGUGCCCCAAAGGAGUGCUGCUAUACGGGCCUCCGGGAACAGGAAAAACCCUUAUCGCCAAAGCGCUCGCUUCCUCAAUGAAUUGUUCUUUUCUAAAAAUUGUUGCCAGUUCGAUCGUAGACAAAUACAUAGGUGAAAGUUCGCGUAUUAUUCGAGACAUGUUCAACUACGCCAAAGCGAAUGCGCCAUGCAUUAUGUUCAUCGAUGAAAUCGAUGCUAUAGGAGGAAAACGUACUAACGACGGAAGCAGUAGCGACCGAGAAAUUCAAAGAACCAUGAUGGAAAUGCUCAGUCAACUCGAUGGGUUUAAAGAACUCGUAAAUGUAAAAGUUUUAUUUGCAACUAACAGGCCAGAUGUAUUAGAUAGUGCUUUGCUUCGCCCAGGUCGUAUCGACCGCAAAAUUGAAAUUCCCACGCCUAACGCAGCGGCACGAGCUGAGAUUCUCAAAAUUCACUCGAAAAAAAUGAUUCGUAAAGGAGACUUUGAUUUGGAAAGUUUGGUCAAAUUGACUGAAGGAUUCAAUGGUGCAGAUAUUCGUAACGUUUGUACGGAAGCUGGUAUGUUUGCCAUUCGAGCGGAUCGUGACUACGUUAUCGAAGACGACUUUUUAAACGCCAUUCGAAAGAUCCACGCAGCAAACAAACUAGUUUCAAAGCUGAAUUACAAACAAGUAUAA